CGAAAAUUGUCGAGUGGCUAAAACAUGUAACGACACAAUUGGCUGAUAUUGAAGCAAAGAUGAGAAAAUCAUUAAAAUAUCGACGAACUAUAAUACUGGAUCCAAAACUCUCCAACAAUAUACUCAUUGAAUUUCCACAAUUUCCACGAUUUCUAGAUACGCCAGGAUUGAUACAAAAAGAUUUUGAAGCUCUAAUGCCAGAGUAUUCAUCCAAAUUAAAUGAAAAGUGGCACGACCUUGAAACAAGAAUUGUGCAAAUAUCUAAGAAUAUAUUAAAGAAAAAGAGUAAAGAUAUUGCAUUAUGGGACGCAACGACACAAACACUGUUUUUAUUUUUGCAUCUUCUACUACCAACAGCUAAAGAGAAAAAGAAGCCAAAUCAUGCAACUGUAGAUGUAGCAAUGUCACGCCUUAUAUCGUUUCAUCAGAUUACAAAAUAAUUGCUAAAUAUUUGUUCUGCACUUAUAGCUAUUGCAACCUAUAAACACGUAUUUAUGUUGGAUGUAUUUUAUGUUGAAUAUAUUUUAUAUUUCAGAUCGGUCUUCCACUGCUAUCUGAACAAGAACUUAUAAAAAUCAGUUUACAACCAUUUCUAUUAGCAGGUUCUAAUCAACAAACAAUUAGCAAUUUUUAUGUGGUUUUUGAUGGAAAACUUCUGCCAUGUCCUGCUCAAACGUCAAAUAUUAAUGCUUUUGACACUCUAUUUAAGGCUCAUUAUGUAUUUGGUUGCAAAUAUGAAGAUUCCCUAGAAAUAUUCUGGAAAUUUAUGCAAAUGAUAUUCUAUUGACAUUGAUGUCGAUAAUUAUAGUUUUAUUUCAAAAAUACGAAGUACGUGCUCGUCUUUUUAAUACGAUAAUUAAGUAAAUAUGGCAGGAUAUCAUUGUAGCAUAUGCAAGCAGAAAAACUUUAAUGUCAA